AUGUAUGCGCAUGCUGAGCUUGAAGGCCGCGGUGGUGGAAAAUGCAAAAGCGCCAAGGCGCCGGCGGCUGUGCUGAGUCUCUCGGGCAGGCACUCGCAGGAUGUGGCUGGUGGCGAGGAGCAGGCGCUGCCCAAGCCAGUCUUUGAAGUAGGGAUAGCAAACAAGCGAGGUGGUGGCGGUAUCAACCAUGACGAGGAUGAGCCUGGAGCAGUGGCUGAUGGGAAAGAGCAUGGACGUGAAGCUAUGAUCGCCGACAGUGAAUUGGGCAGCUCAUCUGGGAGUGAGGAGGUAUAUGAGGACGAGGAUGACAAGGAGGAGGAGGAGGAGGAGGAGGAGGAGGAGGAGGAGGAGGAGGAGGAGGAGGAUGAGGAGUUGGAGCCGGAGAGCGAGGAUGGGGAGGAGGCUCGGCCUUUGAAGAGGAGGAGUGUGCGGAAACCCAAGAAGGGCAACGAGAACGUGUUGGUGGCAUUAUGCGCAGUGAUAGCGGCAUGGCUGCAGUGGGAUAGGCACUCCCAGUACGACUCGCUUCAGGGAGGUGGCGCUGGGCAUACGGUGCUCUCACACUCUGCCCCCUCUCCCCUAUCUCAAGCCCCCUCUCCCCUAUCUCAAGCCCCCUCUCCCCUAUCUCACCAGCCCCUGUUCAUGGUGCUGGAGAACAUGGGAGGUGGCGCUGGGCGUACGGUGCUCUCACACUCUGCCCCAUCUCCCCUCUCUCACCAAAACAAUUCUAUCCCUUCUCCCUCCCCCCUCUCUAUCCCAUCCCUCUCCCUCCUCUUCCAGAGCCCUUAUAAACGGUGCUGCUGGUCGCGCGUGUGGCAUGCGGGGCAGCGUGGGAUAGGGGUGGCUGCAGUGGGAGUUGAGACUCCCACCAUACGUUGGUUCUUCUCCCACUCUCCCCUUCUCUCGCCCCCCUUUUAUCUCCCGCCCUCCCCUUCUCUCCCGCCAUCCCGUUCUCUCCCGCCCUCCCUUUCCCUUGCGCCCUCCCCUUCUCUACCACCCUCCCCUUCUCUCCCGCCCUCCCCUUCAUCCAUACCCUUUGGACAACCCUUAACCAUGUCAUGCAUGAUCACGUAUGUCACAUGCUGCCCCGCAUUGUCAUGCAUGCGCACAGGAGGGAAUCAGCGGGGCUUCAAGUGGGGCGACAGUGGGCUGUAUGUUCACGAGUCGGCGUUCUGGGGGACGGCCGAGCUUGAUGAUGAGAAGAAGGACCUGAAGGAGGAAGAGCAGGAGGUGUACGACACGGAGGACAUGGAGACGGAUGACGAGGAGGAGGAGGAGGAGGAGGAGGAGGAGGAGGAGGAGGAGGAGGAGGAGGAGGAGGAGGAGGAGGAGGAGGAGGAGGAGGAGGAGGAGGACGACGACGACGACGACGACGACGACGACGACGACGACGACGAGGACGACGAGGAGGAGAAGGAGAAACAGUGGGGGCAGGAGCGGAGGAAGAGCAAAAGGCACAAGAGAUGCAAAAUCAGGGGAGGCAAGGGGGAUGAGGAAGAGGAGGAGUAG